AUGAAGAGAGUAUUAAAAAUUGAUCCUGCAAACUUUCCGAAAAAAAUCAAUAGAAGUUGCGGAUUUAAAAUUAAAAAUAUAGCAUAUGAAAAUUUAAAUGAGAAAAAAUAUCAAAGUAAAAUUCAUAAAAAAGCUUCACAAAUUUCAAAAUUUCUUCAAGAUAAAGGAAUUGAUUUUUCAUUGCAGACAAAUCCCUUAGAAGAAGAUAAAGAUAAAUUAAUUAAUGCAAAUAAACCUGAUAAGGAGGCAGUUUCUGAACAAGACAAAGUUUUAGAAAUCGAUGAAAGCGAUAAUGAUAUUCAAUUUAAAACUCCACCGAAUGUGAAAAAAAUCAUAAUUAAAUCAAAUGGUUCUUCGACACCGAGAAACACAAGGAAAAAAAUUGUUAAAAAGAAGAAGAAAGUAUUAAAAAAAUCCUAA